CAGCCGGGUGGGCCUUCAGGCAGAGCCCCUUGGGGCCAGGGCUCCUGCAGGGUGCCUGUGUCUUCAUGCCAAGUGGGCACAGGAUGCUCCUUCCAGCCCCAGCUCCUAUGUGUGCUAAGUCCGGGGCCUCUUCCGGUGUCUGUGCCUGCCUUUCCACCUUGUUCCUUACCCUGGCCUGCUUCCAAGCCAGGCCUGAGGAAUUGAAGGGACAAAUCAGGUUCCCAGCAAAAGGCUGUGUGCACGUUUGGUGGGGAGACUUAGGCCACCCGGAGAAAGCAAACCCAAUGCUCAUUUCUCCUGGCUGCUGGGUGGCAGCACUGUGGGAGGCACCCAGGAUGCAGGGAUCCAGGCACGGGCCCUGCAAGACAGUAAACAACUCACCAGCCAACCCUGGGGACAGGGUGUGCCGAGUACUUUGGGAGACAGGCCCCAGAAGAGGACCAGAGUUGUUCUUGUAACAAAUGGCUGGACUUCAAACAUGUUCCUCCCUACCCCUGCCUUGUCCCCAUGUCCCCAUCCCCAUUCUGUCCCCAGCUACAUGCCUCUGUCCUUUUGAAUCCUCCUUCCAACUGCCUUCUGCUUGGGAACCCCAGCCCCUCCCUCCCAUUCUAGAACUUGCGGGAAGGAUGUUAGGGUCUUGCAGGAAGACUUGAAGGAGGAUGGGGCUCCAGAACAUGGGACUGAGCCUGGGCAGGCUUCCUCCUCCAGAGGAAGUAUUGGGGGGCUGUGGAGUGUUAGGGAGGUGGGUGGGCCAAAGGGGAGUGGCUCCUAGAACAGGAACUGAAAGUAUCUGCCAGAAGUCAGGGUUUACCUGUUAAGGACCAGGAGAUCUCAGGGGUCUCUCCCCCUUUUCGUUGAACAUGUGGAGGGGGUCUGGGCUGGGGACCUACCUUUGCUGAUGCCUAUCUGUCCUCCCUUCUCCCCCAUCCACCUUCUCCCACUUCAUUGUCAUCUUUGCAUCUGUCUUUGGACUCUCUCUGGGUGCCAUCCUACCCAUCUGUGUCUUUUUUGCUUCCUGGGCCUCCAUCCCUGGCUCUCAUCCUCUGCCCUGGGGGCUGUCUCUGCACUUUCCUGCAUUGGCUUUCUGGUCCCUUUUCUGACAUCAUGACGCCCUCUGGGUCGCUCUGUGUUCAUCUGUGGCCCCUGGCUCCCAUCUCGGCCUUUUGUUUGUUCCCCAUCCCUGUGUCCCUGCCUCUGUGCCUCCAUCCUGCUUCUAUUUUUCCCUCUCACCUCCUGCUCAUCCUGGCCCCUCCCUGCCCAUUUGAGCAGCAGCGUCCCAUCCAGCCCUCUUUCACCAAGUCCCUCUGCCGUGAGUCCCACUGGAAGUGCCUCCUGCUGUCGCUGCUCAUGUACGGCUGCCUGGGGGCAGUGGCCUGGUGCCACGUCACCACAGUGACCCGCCUCACCUUCAGCAGCGCCUACCAGGGCAACAGCCUCAUGUACCACGACAGCCCCUGCUCCAAUGGCUACGUCUACAUCCCCCUGGCUUUCCUGCUCAUGCUGUAUGCUGUCUACCUGGUGGAGUGUUGGCACUGCCAGGCCCGCCAUGAGCUGCAGCACCGCGUGGAUGUGAGCAGCGUGCGGGAGCGUGUGGGCCGCAUGCAGCAGGCCACACCCUGCAUUUGGUGGAAGGCCAUCAGCUACCACUACGUCCGCCGUACCCGCCAGGUCACCAGGUACCGCAAUGGAGACGCUUAUACCACCACCCAGGUGUACCAUGAGCGCGUCAACACGCAUGUGGCUGAGGCUGAGUUCGACUACGCCCGUUGCGGCGUCCGGGAUGUGUCCAAGGCGCUGGUGGGGUUGGAGGGUGCGCCAGCCACACGGCUGCGAUUCACCAAGUGCUUCAGCUUCGCCAGUGUGGAGGCGGAGAACACGUACCUGUGCCAGCGCGCUCGCUUCUUCGCGGAGAACGAGGGCCUGGACGAUUACAUGGAGGCGCGCGAAGGCAUGCACCUGAAGAACGUGGACUUCCGAGAGUUCAUGGUGGCCUUUCCGGACCCGGCGCGGCCACCCUGGUACGCGUGCUCGUCGGCCUUCUGGGCUGCGGCUCUACUUACGCUGUCAUGGCCGCUCCGCGUGCUGUCCGAGUACCGCACGGCCUACGCGCACUACCACGUGGAGAAGCUCUUUGGUCUCGAGGGCCCGGGCCCGGGCUCGGCGGGCGGCCUGAGCCCUGGCGACGAGCUGCUGCCCCCGCUGGCGCACCGUCUGCCGCGCGUGGACACGGUGGACAGCACGGAGCUCGAGUGGCACAUACGCUCCAACCAGCAGCUCGUGCCCAGCUACUCAGAGGCGGUGCUCAUGGAUCUGGCGGGCCGCAGUGCGCACGCCCGGGGCUUCGCGCCCUCCUGUCGCUACGGCGGUGUGGGUGGCCCGGGCGCGGCCCCGCUGCGCCGCAGCUGCGAGCAGUGCCAGCGCGUGGCCAGCAGCUCCUCCAUCUUCUCGCGCAGCGCGCUCAGCAUCUGCGCCAGCCCGCGCGCGGCCGCAGGGUCCGGCGGGGGCGUGGGGGGCGCGGGCAGCCGCUUUUCACUGGGCCGCCUCUACGGCUCGCGGCGCAGCUGCCUGUGGCGCAGUCGCAGCGGCAGUGUCAACGAGGCCAGCUGCCCCACGGAGCAGACGCGUCUGUCCAGCCAGGCCAGCAUGGGGGACGACGAGGACGAGGACGAGGAGGAGGCUGGGCCGCCGCCGCCCUACCACGAUGCGCUCUAUUUCCCCGUCCUCAUUGUGCACCGGCAGGAGGGGUGCCUGGGCCACAGCCACCGGCCUCUGCACCGCCACGGCUCCUGCGUGGAGACCUCACUGUGACCCGGGACCCGGAUGGGUCCGUGCGCCCCUCACUGGACAGUGUGCCCCGCGUGGAAUCAGGGAGUGCGGGUGUCACUCAAGCUGUGCGGGGAAGGAACGGGACAGGAGGGUGUUGGAGAGACACCAUGGGGCCCAAAGCCACCUGUCCUGGAUAGACGGCUGGGGGGCGUGGCUCCCCAGAACCCCACCCACUCCCACAGUUUAUGAAGGCACGACCCCGCCGCACAUGAGAGAGUUUGAGCAGCCUUCUGGUGGCCUGACUGUUAGUGGCAACUAAGCAGGGAGUGGGGGGACCCGGGCUGAGCCUCCUCUGGAGGGUGCAUUGCCCUCUGGCAGCUGAGUGGUGUGGAGCUAUAGCAAGGACUCAUGGGACUUUCCUGACUCUUAGGACUUCUCUUGGGAACAGCAGGGAUGGCUUCCACCCAGCUGAUACAUUCAGUGGCUCCGAGGCCAGGGCCAGAUGACAGCCCCAGCACUGUCCCCACACUAUGGCAAUGUGGCUGUUCUCUUCUUAGCAUUGGCCCUAGAGCUUGGGGUUUCCUUUCUCCCUCUUCCUGCACUGUUGUUUGUCACUGGGCCCCAGGGGCAGGUCCUGAGGGACUGUUCCCAACACCAAUGUCACUAACCUCUAUCCUGGGACAGGAAGCCUCAAUCUUUUCUGGAAACUCAGCAGCUUCCCCUUUGGGUUCUGGUGGGUUCUGGUACAGCUAGCGUUAAAGCUGGCCAGCAUGAAUGAUCCAUGAGAUGCACCUGGAUGAGAGGUGGGCACUGGGACACAGCCGGCAGCAGAGGGUGGAGAGAGGACCUCUCAGUGGGGGCUCUUGCCUCUCAGACCUGUGGGGAGGAGUGGCAGUCUUGCCCUUCACCGUUACCUCCGUGGGCUGAGGACCAGGUCACUGGCCCAAACUAGAGGGAUACUUGAUUCCAGUGGCAGGGUUGGAGGCAGGAAUUAUCCAACCUCGCCACACUUCUCCAUCUCCCCGAACCCAGAGUGGAAGCCCUACCGUGUGUCCCAGGGUCUUCAGAGGGACACCUUCCAUUGCGGGGGCGUUGGCCCUGUACUGUUCCCCAGAGCUCCAUCUUGACGUUUCUCCCCAUGCUUCCCACCACCUUCCUGAUGUGCUUGGUGUGCAUGUCUUUGUACAGCCCUUCGCCGUCCCAGCUGCCCGGCUCCUUUCCCAGCAGGCUUAGUGCCUGGGGUCCAGGCUCACAUCUCAGCCUAGAGAAGAUGACUUUGGGCACCCAGACACUGUGCCCCUGAUGCUUCUUGCUUCUCUGCUGCCAUCAGAGCUCUGUUGUUGGCCUUUCCUGGCCACUUCCUGUUGGGCCUCCCCCUGCCCAGCCAGGGCUGUACCUGCUUGGGGAUGUGGCCUCCACCUAUGCAACAUCACCUCCAACUCCUGCUGUCCUCAGGAGGACAUGAGAUGGGGCAGGUUGUGGGGGACACGGUAGCCUGUGGAUCAUUGGGGGGUGGGCUUCCCAGGCACACAGAGAUGGGUAAGGGAGGAGAGGCCAGAGAGGGAGUGGUUUGGGCAGAAGGGCACAACUGUACCUGCCUGCAAGCUCACAAACCCACUGGGACCCUGAGUCUGUGCUCCUCAGGGCCUGGCAGUGGGAACACCCCUCUCGGGAGGUGCAGUGGGUCCCCAUUAUUAUUUCACCUGUACCAACCAUUUCUGCUAAGUGUGCUCACCCAGUCAGCCUUGCCUCCCACAUACGCACAGACUUAGAGAGAAACUGAUUCUUUGGUCUAUUUUCUUGGUAGCUUUUAUUGAUUGCCAGGGAAAACGAAAACCAGAAAAUUAAUUAAUCUCUAAAAUUAAACUUUACACUGAAUGUUCUUGUUUCUCUAAUUAGAGCCUCUGCUAGCAGCGGUGGCCGCACACACACACACACCCUCACACUUACACGUUUGCACUCUGAAACUGUUUGAGGGUGUCAGGCACGCAGGACUCGAGGCCACCCAGACAGGUACAAGAGUGUUACCCCCCUCCAAGCCCCUGUGGUGCUCUGUUCAGUGUCUGCUUGUUGGAAGGGGUCCCUGGAGAGUGGGCACCCCUGGGCUGUGGUUGAGAUUUGUGGCUCAGCCUUUGGGGACCUGGGCCUGAUGGUUGGGCAUCCUGGCUAACAUGGAUUCCUGUGGGUGUGGCCAAGCUGAGCAGCUUCAGAGUGACAGGGACUCAGUCAGGGCACCUGGAAGGCUUCCCGUGUCUGGGGACAAGGGCUGUCAGGCGAGCUGGGCCUGGUCGGGAGGAGACAGGUCUCUGUUUAUUGGGUGCAUCACACUGUGGCCUUUCUGUCGUGGAUUUCCAAGCGCACAGAUUGUACAAAUCUAACUGGUGGAUAAUAAAGUUGCGAUGACCCACCGACAUCCCCUCUGGCGUGGCACUUCUUCCUCCCUCCAGCAAGGGUGUCACUACAUUUCCUCAGCUGCUACCAUCAUGACUUCCUCCCUGCUCCCCACCUUCCCAAGUGGGAAGUGGGGAUUAGCAGGUGGUACGGCCUGCAGAAUUCGGUCGUGUAAAGCAGAGUUGGGCAUCAGGGAGAUGAUAUGCUUAGGGGUGAGUGUGGAAGGAAGAGUCUGGCUUUGCUGUGACCAUGGUGUGUGUGUGUGUGUGUGUGUGCGCGCGCGCGUGCGCACACGUAUACAUGUAUGCACAUGUAUGAAGGUUAAAGACCCCAUCAGCAGUCUGGAUGGUGAGAAGAUGGAGGAGAAUCACCCACAUGGGCAGCAUGUGUGAGAGUUAGGCAUGUACGAUCCCUUGGGGUC